AAUAAUAGCUUUCAGAAAUCAUAUUUUCUCUCUUCUUCUGAAGGCAAAUUCGACGUUUCUUUUUCUUUAAUCACAAUUCCAACAAGAAUGGGUUCAAGCUCAGUAGUAUCUACAAUUGUGAGGAAGUGGAGAGGGCAUCCUCCUUCUUCGUAUUCCCUCAAGGUUGACAACUUCAAACAACUUGUGAAGUUCACAACAGCAUCCUCUGAUGAUAAAUACCAAUCUCGUCUUUUCUCUUCUGGUGGAUAUAACUGGAAACUGAUCGUAUACCCAAAAGGGAACGAAAAGGACAAUGGGAAAGAUUUCAUUUCGAUGUACGUGGAAAUAGACAGCGAAAGCUUGAUAUCAGCACCGCAACGUGAGGUGUUUGCGGAACUCAUUUUCUUUGUCUACAACAAGAAAGAAAACAAGUACCUUACUAUUCAAGAUGUAGAAGUAAAGAGGUUCAACGCCCUUAAAACGGUGUGGGGGUUGCAGCAAGUUCUUCCAUUUGAUUCAUUCAACAGCCCUAAAAACGGUUAUGUUUUUGAAGGAGAUCAGUGUGAGUUUGGUGUUGAUGUCAUUGUUCCUGCACCCCUUACCAAUUGGGAAAUCCUCUCCUUUAACGAGAAGCUCAAGGACCCCAAGUUCUCUUGGAGAGUUAAGAAUUUUUCUCAGCUGGAAAAGGAUAAAUACACUUCAAACACUUUCUCGAUGGGAGCAAGGAAAUGGAUUCUUAUGCUGUAUCCGAAGGGUAACAUUGGAGCAGAUGGCAAAUGGCUAUCCCUUUUUCUGUAUUUAGCUGAUGGUGAUAAACCAAAAGCAGAUGAGAAGAUUUUGGCGCAAGCAAAUUUGCGAGUUCUAGACCCACUUGGAUCCAAUCACUUAGAACGCAAACUGAACUAUUGGCACGGUGAAAAAACCUUGGGUUGGGGUUGGUAUAAGUUUAUGUCUUUAACUGAACUUCGGAAGUCUUACUUGGACAAGGAAGACGCAUUGAACGUUGAGAUCGAAUUUGAAGCUGUUUCUGAGACCAAAUAUUCUCCCAUUAUCUAAGUACUACUAUAUUGCUAGUAGACAAUG